GCCCCAGAGGGAGAGUCACGUGACUCGGGUCGCUCCUGGUGAUGUGGUUAGUAAUGGUAGUGUGGGUGAGUGAGUCAGUGAGUUAGUGAGUAAAUAUCGCUGCAGAACUGGUUAACUCCUUACAGACGGUGCAGGUCAUACAGGUGACAUUCAGCAUGAAUUUUCUCCUGGAGACCCUGCGUGUGCUGGUGCUGUCCGUCUACUACUUUCUGGAGGCCUUCGUGAAGCUCCUCCUGCCGGUGGGGAAGAAGAGCAUUGCCGGGGAGACGGUGCUGAUCACAGGGGCGGGCAGCGGAAUCGGACGCAUCAUGGCCAUCAAGUUCGCCAGCAUGGACGUCACGCUGGUGCUGUGGGACAUCAACCUGGAUGGGGUGAAGGAGACAGCUCGGGUGGUUAAAGAGAAGGGAGCUCGCAGUGUGCACUGCUAUCAGGUGGACUGCAGUGACCGGGGCAAUGUAUACCAAGUGGCAGAGCAGGUCAAACAGGAAGUCGGUGACGUCACAAUCCUCAUAAACAACGCCGGCAUCGUCACCGGCAAGAAGUUCAUGGAUUCUCCGGACAGCCUGGUGGAGAAGACGCUCCAAGUUAAUGCCAUGGCUCACUUCUGGACGUAUAAAGCGUUCCUUCCGGCCAUGAUGGAUAAGAACCACGGUCACCUGGUCUGCAUCGCCAGCUCUGCAGGACUGAUCGGGGUUAAUGGGCUCGCAGAUUAUUGUGCCAGUAAGUUUGCCGCUGUGGGUUUUGCUGAGUCAGUGGCGCUGGAGCUCAUAGCCACGGGAAAGGACGGCAUCAAGACGACGAUAGUGUGUCCGUAUUUCAUCAACACCGGGAUGUUCGACGGCUGCAAAACGAAAUGGCCACAUCUGCUUCCUAUCCUGCAACCUGAGUACGUCGCUAAGAAGAUCCUGAACGCCAUUCUGACGGAUCAGACCUACCUCUUCAUGCCCAGGACCAUCUACUUCCUAAUGUUUUUGAAAAGGUAAGAUCGUGUAAAGUUUCCUGCCAUAUAAAGAAACCGUGAUCCUGGGCAUGUACUUCGGAGCCUUUACCUUCAUGGAUGCUUUCAAAGGAAGACAAAAGAAAGAGAAUUAACCCGAUUUUUUCCCCCGUCCGAUUGUAUUAUUUCAACAGCAUUUUACUGAUCAUUUUCAGUACAACGAAUAAUAAUAAUAAUAAUUUUAUUUUUAAUAAUGUUGUUGAAAACAUAACCACUUUCGGAUUUUAUUACAGGACCAAAUGAAACAGCAGCUUCUGAAUGUGGUCCAGUUCUGCCUUUAGUGAAGAUGUUGUUUGUUUUUUUAAAUCUGUUUACAUAUUGCGUUGUGUCAUAGUGAAAAUAACGAAAUAUUGUCCACUUGAAAAUCCAAGAUUUCUUUAAUCAGUUGUCAGAGUGUUAAUGCGUAGGAUCUAAGCCAUUUCAGCACUAAUACACUGGACCACUGGGGUUGUGAAGGGGCUUUGUUUGUUUGUUUGUUUUUUAAACUUACAAAAGCCUCGAAACAGACUGCAGGGACGUCGUUAACAUAUCUACGAUAUCUUAUUCAUUAGUUGUUUAGCAGUCUCGCUGUGGCCUGUUUAGGUAUCGUAUUUAGGGGAGAGACAGUUGUUAACACUGUCCGAUCCUCUGAGCUGAAAUCUGAUUGGCUGUCAGAUUUUUUUGGAGGCGUGAACAUAAGUGUAUUGAAUUAUAUAUUAAUUCUGCGUGCAAAUGAAAUGGACUAGUUUUAGAUAUUUCAUUUUCACUUAGCGUGAUCGUUGACGAGGCUAAUCAGGUUAGUUAGCAUAUCUGAGGUUUGAAUUUGAUUGACGGCGUAGUUUCAGUUUGUAACAGUCGUGUGAUAUACAUAUACAUAUAUAUAUAUAUAUAUAUAUAUAUAUAUAUAUAUAUAUAUAUAUAUAUAUAUAUAUAAAAAUUGACAGAGAUGUGUGAAAAAUUGUAUGCAUAAGUUAUAAGUUAUAUUACAUAGGAAAGUGCUUUAGCUGGUACAAACAUUCCAAAUUUUGUUUCUGUGGUGUAAAUAUUAUACGUUACAUUCUGUUAACGUGAGAGCGGUCCGUGUUUACUGUGAAUAGAGAGACGAGUGUAACGUUUGGGUCAAAACACCACAGCUAUACAAAAUUUAUUUUAAACAAGGUACACCACGACUUACCCCGCCAACCACCCCCUUUGGAUACACUUUGCUGAUGAUAGAAGUCUAUGGGGAAAAAAAACAAAAGAAAAAAGGCUAAACUGGCUCAAGCUCACAGGAAAGUCCUCAACGGUUCCACAAAUCACCGCUCUGUGCAGCCAUGUUGAGCAGAAAAGCAUCUCGGAACACACAAAAGCUCAGAGCUUCAGGGAAACCGUGGCCUCAUGUUGUUGAUUAACAGGAACAGAACCUCAUGGAGUUUUCCCAAGGCUGUGUAUUUUGACGUGCUUUUCUGCGCAGCACGGCUGUACAGAGUGGUGAUUUGAUAAACCCUCGCCUUCCUGCGAGAUCAAAACUCAGGUCUCAUCAGCAAGGUGGUGCUGCUCACAGAACUGCCUCGGACCGGAUUUGUUUUUUGUACAAUUCUCUGUUUUGUGCGUCUGUGUGAAAAUCUGCAGUUUCUGAAACACUCAAACUGACAUCAUCAUCAUCAUUAAAGUCCCUGAGAUUUA